UGUUUUCAAUUUUUCAUAAUUGAUCUGAGCGAAAAAAUUGUGCAUGAAUGUGAAAAUUUGUUCCAAAUAUGGAUUUGACUGCCUUAUUAAAUGCCGAAAUAGCGAAGAAACGCAAACUUCUCGAAGAAAAUGAUCUCAUAAACGAGAAAAGAAAAUACUUCAAAAUAUCCGAACUAUAUUCGAAAACUCAAGAAGAUGUGAAGGCCUCCGAUAGUAAAAAUGAUAACGACGAUCAAGUAGCCCAAUCCAGUUCGAAUGAUGCAGAAUCAAACGAUGCUGAAACAGAUGCACAGGUAUUACCUCGUAAAGAAGUCAUUAGAAGGUUACGUGAACGCGGAGAACCUAUAUUACUAUUCGGUGAAACGGAAUUACACGCUUUUAAACGGUUGAGAAAAUGUGAAAUAUCAGAACCAGAGUCGAAUAAGGGUUUACGAAACGAUUUCCAAGAAGCUAUGGAAAAGGUCGAUCAGGAUUACUUAGAUGCUAUUAUGGCUCAAAGUAAUCCAGAUUCAUCGAAAGAUAGCAAAACUGAUAUUAAAGAUCCGAUGGAAACGUACGAAGAUAUUCAAGAAAAAGCCGAGAAUUUAGGUAAAGGAAAUAGCGCCUUGGAUAUGGAAAUAAUUAUGCAAUUUUUACAGUUGGUGUUACAAUUGUGGAAUAAUCAACUCAAUAGUCUAUCAGCGCCAGAAAAAGCUGACACUAGGACCAAACUCGCUAUGGCAACGUAUAAUCAGACUCAAGUCUAUUUAAAACCAUUAUUUAGGAAACUGAAAAGUAAAAAACUACCCGAAGAUAUUUUAGAUAGUUUGACAACGAUCGUUAAACAUUUAUUGGACCGAAAUUACAUAAUGGCCAGUGACGCAUAUCUACAAAUGGCUAUUGGUAACGCUCCUUGGCCCAUUGGUGUUACUAUGGUUGGUAUCCACGCUCGUACCGGUAGAGAAAAAAUUUUCUCUAAAAAUGUCGCCCAUGUGUUGAACGAUGAAACUCAACGUAAAUAUAUCCAAGCUUUGAAAAGAUUAAUGACCAAAUGUCAACAGUAUUUUCCCACUGAUCCAUCAAGAUGUGUCGAAUAUACCGAUACUGCUGACCUGUGAGCAACUUUCGUCGGUGUUUUUGCUUCAGAUUUACUGUUGGUUUAUUGUAUAUAUCAAAAAAAUUUAGGUUCGUAAUGAAGUUGAAAUGUAAAUAUGAAUUAUUGUAAUGUAAAUUUGAACGAAAUUAUAACAUGAUAGUAACAAG